AAAGUCCCCACCUACGAAUACUAUGGCUUUGUGUUAUACCUCUUCUCCUCGCUCACAUUCUUGAUGUACCUGCUCUGGUCAUAUCUACCUUCACCAUUCCUACACGCACUUGGCAUAUACUACUAUCCGAAUCGCUGGUGGUCGCUGGCACUUCCCUCGUUCUUGGUAAUGCUGCUGGUUUAUAUCUACGUUGCGUUGGCUAGUUACAAUACAGGAUAUUUGACGCUGCCGUUGAGCAGUAUCGAGACCAUAAUCGACGACGCAGCAAAUGUAGUUACGAUCGAU